CUCUUGUUUAUCCAUUCGCCUUCUGGAUCGGUCUUUUGCGUUUCCUCUCUUUGUUCUUGUUUCAAUCCCGCCUCUUGAUUGCUUAGUAGGUCUGAUAUCGAUCGCGGCUACAGAGGUAGUUUAGCUAGAUUGAUUCAAAUCCUAUUAACCUCUUAAAGAGCCCGUGAUCCUCAGUUUUCUUUCAUGGGUCGAGGUUUCGGGAUAGGGUUCAAAGAUAAUCGUUUUUUCAAAGAUGAUAGCUGGCAUAAAGUUAUAAGCAAGAAGGAAGCGAAACGUGAAAAAAGCUUCCUCAACAGAGAAUUCAGACUUCGCAAUGCUACGUCGUUCUUCAUCUCCAAUCUCCCGGAGUCCUGUUCUCGGGAUUCUCUUUGGAGAGCGUUUGAGCAUCUGACCAACCUGGAAGACGUUUUUGUUCCUUUUAAGACAGAUAGUGCAGGGAACAGGUUCGGUUUUGUUAAGUUGUCUAAUAUUAAGGAUCCUUCCUGGUGGAUUAAGAAGCUUAAAGAUGUUAGAAUUGAUGGAGCUAUUAUUGGCGUGAGCCUAGCUAAAUUCAGAAGGGACAGUUCAAAAGUUGAGGAACAAAAGUUUGGUGAUAGGGUUUUUAUCUUUUCAAGAUUACAGGAGAAUAGUGAAAGGGUGUCCGUUUUUUCUAGAUUGUAGGAGACACAUGUUGGAGCCCAGAAUGCAAACAUACCGCCGAAGGAAACUGUCUAUAAACCUAUCAACAAAUCUUAUGCUUCUGUCGUUAAACCCGAGUGUAUGACCUUUAAUAGUGCGAAGAUUGAUCUACCCCCUAUGAAUUCAGAGACAAGAAGAAAUGGGAAUUUAAAUUCGCUUAUCGGCGAAGUGAAAGAAAUAGAGAUUUUGAAUGUGAUUAAUAAUCAUAUUUCUGGCAUCAUGGAUGACAACUUUGAACUCAGAUACAUGGGGGGGGGAGCUUAAAGUUUUACUGUGUUUUAAUCGCCCGGAGGAAGCGGAGGAGUUCAGAAUCAGUAAGGCAAAUGAGUGGGAGAAGUGGUUCUCGAGGCUUUAUGUGUGGGAUGGGAUUCCUCCCAUCUUUGAGAGAGUUUCCUGGAUCAAAGUGAUAGGUGUCCCAAUCCCUCUCUGGGAUCGACAUGUCAUUAAUAAGAUCGGAGAGCGGUGUGGCCGGUUAUUGGUUAAGUCGGAGGCGAACUGUUACAGUGGAAACAUGGCAGAGGAUCGUUUGGCUAUCUUGGUUGAUUCAGGAAAGAAAGUGUCUAAGGAAUUCGAUCUUAGCUGGAAAGGUCAUCUAAUUAAGGUUUGGGUGGAGGAGAUAUCGGGUCAAUGGUGCCCGGAUUUUUUGAAAUUGGAAGAGUCGGGGCCGGAUUCUCCUGGGAAGUCAUCGGAGUUGGAGUUGCCGUCUGAUUCCGAUAACGAAGAACUUAAGAGUCAGGAUGGUUCUUCGUCUUCUACGUGUAUGGCGACCCCAAUUAUUUUGUCUCCUAUUCUCGAGGUUAAUGAGGCCGCGCAUGGGGACAUUAGGGAUCAUGAUGUGCAGUCAGCAGGUAUUAAUUUGGAGAGAGUAUUUGAUAAUGUUUCCCCUCCUGAGGAGCCGCUUGGGGAUCAGUGCAUUUUGACCAACAAUAAUAAUAAUAUGCACGUAGUCGAGUCUCUGGGCCACCCCAGUGGGCCCAAUGCUGAUAAUGUUGUGAUUAGGCUGUCGCCUAAUUAUGAUAAUGAGGUUGAGGAGUAUGGGCCAAACCUGGAAGCCUUAAGGCCUAGUUACAUCACUUUGAGACCCAACCGUAAAAACAUUAUCAAUAACAAAAAGAAAGACAAAGUCCGUGAGUUUAUUACGCCAGACCUCAACAACUCCGCUGAAGAAGAUAUUAAUUCAGAUCCGUUCGAUAUUGAAUCUAUCUUUAGGAUGGAAGAAGAAGCUAAAAGGGUUAUGGCAGAUAAUGAGUUAUCAGACAAUUCUGGAGAUGGAGCUGAUGUUUUUCGUGAUGAUGUCCUGAGACGCAGUGGGGAAGAGACGGAGGUGAACGGAACGAUUAAAGUCGGAGUGGCGUUGGGAAUCGAGGAGGACUUCUUCCUGCAAAAUCACCGCUUCUUGUUGGUUUCGGGUAAGAUUUCUGGAGUUGAAGAAAAGGUUAAUAUUCUGAACAUUCAUGCCCCGGAUGAGGCAAGACUCAGAAAAGUUCUCUGGGAAGAUCUCUUGGUUCUGAUUAAUCAAAUGGAAGGUAUGUGGGUGAUUUUUGGCGACUUUAAUGAUGUCCGUUCUGAGGACGAAAGGGUCAAUUCCAGAUUUGAUAGGGGAUCUUUUGAUGUGUUUAAUGAGUUCAUUAUGCGGGCUAGUCUUUUUGAAUUCUCUAUGACGGGGGGCAAGUACACGUUUAUCUCAGGUUACGCUGAUGUUAAACUUAGUAAAUUAGACAGGUUUCUGGUUAGUGAUUCGUUUGUGAAUCGGUGGCCUACUGCCAAAGCAGGAGUUCUCGAAAGGGGUGCCUCAGACCAUUGCCCUAUUUCCCUCAUUUGCAAUCCUCUCGACUUUGGUCCUAUACCCUUCAAAUUUUUCAACUCUUGGAUUAACGACCAAAACCUGACAGUUAUUGUUCAAAAAGCGCUGAAUUCUCCUCACAUCGAUGGCAGGAAAGACCUGUCGUUUAUGUCAUUGUUGAAAAGAAUCAAAGUUGAGGUUAAGAAAUGGAGAAGGGACGUCAGAUCUGCCGAGAAUCAGGAAAGAAAGUUGCUUUCAGAGACUGAUAUGGGGUCCCGGUGCAAAUGGAGCAAAAACGAGUAAUAUGAAAAUGACUAGCCAGUUGGGCAGAAUGGGCUGUCAGUGACCAAGUAAAAUUGCCGCUAUUUUCUGCCGUAUGAAAUUUGGCCUGCAAAAAUACCCAUAAAAAAGUAGGCUGCCACAUAUGAAGCCUCUUUAAUUACAUCACUUGCCCCCACCUGUUUUGGGUAAAGUCUUGGAUACGUUUAGUGUGAUGUUGAUAUGAUGGAAGAUUCAUUAUAUUGGUGUUGUAAUUCAAUGAAAAAUAAUCAUAACUAGUGUGAUUCCCCCGCGCUUCGCAGCGGGAAUUCAAUUGUUA